AGGAACUUUUUCUGCUUGCAGGUGAAGAAAUUCUGUCUGGUAGAAUUUUCCACCUAUUCAUUUUGCUGCCAUGGGCAGUACACAAAAAAUACUUAGUCUAGUAUUAGGCUUUGCACUAUUUACGUCAUUUUUUAUUUCUGUUAAUCCUCUACCAAAUUAUGAAGCAGAUGAUCAUGAUUUUGAAGAUUUUGAUAAUGAAGAAGACACAGCUGAAAAUAGUCAGAAGGUUAAUGCUGAAGAAGAUUUUGAUGAAGAUGGUGUGGUGGUUAAUGAUGUGAUAGAAGGUGAAGAGAACAUCUCCCCUGAAUUCUUUCCUAAAGAGAAAGAAGAUGCUCCCCUUGAGGGCAAUGAAGCAGACGAGUACAGCCACUUGGCUGACACCGAGGAGUUCAUUGGCUACAACAGUGACAGCAGCAGCACCAAAGCACAACACAAUCUACACAAAGAACCAAUUCGUGAACCAAAAAUCACAGUGGCUGAUGUUCCUUUGCACUUGAGGAGCAACUGGGACAGUUUUUACUUGGAGCUUAUUUUGCUCUUUGGACUUCUUAUUUAUUUUGGCAACUUUAGUAUUGGCAGAGCCAAAAAUGCCAAGCUAGCAACAUCGUGGUUUGAGGCUAACAAGACACUGCUGACGCAGCAGUUUGCCCUUCGUCAAGACCUGGUGUCGGUGGCAAUGCAGAUGUUCAGGCCGUCCACAGACGAGGUGGUUGUCAAGAUCAGACUGGACGACAUGGAGAAUUUCGUCAUGUGUCUCGCCACCAAGAAGAUGGCUUCCAAAUAUGUCAAAGAUAUGACCGAUAUUACGACGUUCUGCACGGGUGACCGCAAAGGAACCUUACCGAGCAAGCAGUACGGAGGCUGUGCCAGCUACAGCAAGUUCCUACUUCUCAGCGAGAUAGCGGAGGCCAGCAAUGCGAUUCUUACGGACCCGCGCACCGUGACGGUCUUGGGCAAACAUUUAGCUCGUAUUAAUUACCUGCACAUCAGUGACCAGUACAGCGGACCUCAGCAACCUGAUGCGAAGACUGAAAACAGAGACCAGCAGUCGCUGACGACAGCUUCAAAGAUGCCGCCUGUGCUGAAGGUGGUAAUUCUGUCGUUCCAGCUUCUCGCCCCCGCCGAGCGCAGCGGCAAAUCCUCUCCUAAAAAGAGUGACAAGAUCAGCGCCGACGACAUGGAGGAGCUCAGAUCCCUGCUCGUUCUCGUCCUCUACCUUGCUGAUAAACUCAGUCGCUUCAAACUCUCCAAAGAGAGCAAGAGCAAAGCUGAUAAGAACCGCAGUCGAGUCGAGGAAGCUUUUUUGAAGGCCACGCACGCCGUCCGAGCGGAACGAGCCCAGGAAAAGAGGGAGGAGAAGAAGAGAACAGAAAGAGAGAAGAUGAUGGAGAUCGACGAUCCCGAGAAGCAGCGUAAGUGGGAGGAACGCGAGAACAGACGCGCCGCGAAAAAGAAGGGACCGAAAAUGAAGCAAAUCAAAGUUGCCUAAAGCCACACUACUCUUCCCUGCACUGCGCGUAACUGCUGGAGCACUUCUUGUUGUCUUAUUAGUACGACUAAUAUCAACCAUUGUCAGUACGACUAAUAUCAACGACUAAUAUCA